AUUUGGAGUGGAAACUAAUCUAUGUGGGAUCUGCUGAAGAUGAGAGUUGUGACCAACUAUUAGAGAGUGUGCUUGUUGGGCCUGUAAAUGUUGGCAAUUAUCGCUUUCUCUUCCAGGCUGAUCCUCCAGAUCCAUCAAAGAUUCCUGAUGAGGACAUCAUUGGGGUCACAGUGCUGCUGUUGAGUUGCUCUUAUAUGGGGCAGGAGUUUAUCAGAGUGGGCUACUAUGUGAACAACGAUUAUGAUGAUGAGCUGCUGAGGGAAGAACCUCCUCAAAAGGUUUUGAUAGAUAGGGUGCAAAGAAAUAUAUUGGCUGACAAGCCCAGAGUAACAAAGUUCCCCAUCAAUUUCCACCCUGAUACCAAUGGGAAUGGAGGACAGCCGCCUCCUUUACCUGAUCACCCAACAGAAACAAAUGAGAAUGGGGAACAGCCACCACCCCCUUCACCAGAUCAUUCUUCCGACGCACAGAAACCAGACUUUUCAACCAAAUAGAACUAUAUGCUGAAUUCUGCCUUCAAUUUUUUAUGAAGGCACAUGGCAUGAUAGUCAUAGCAGCCAGCUGAAAUUUAGAAUUGAUGAACAUAGAACUGGCCUCAUUUGACAAACAGUAUUAUUGCCUCUUUAUUUUUUUUUGGUAGAAAUGUUAUUGCCUUUAUGAUAUUUUGAAUGAAAUGCAGAAUGGAAUUGUUUA